GUCUGCUCUUCCUUUUCCUCCUCUCUUCUUCCUCUCCUUUCUUCCUCUUCCUCUCCCAGCCGCUUGGUGUAGGUGUGGAAAGGUGAGGAGAGAUGGAGAGCAAACGAUUUAGAUUUGGCUUCGGAAGUGGGAGUUCGGGUGGCUCGAGGAAGGGAAGGAAGAGCAGCUCGAAGAGACCAAAGCAACCCCAGAGAGGACUCGGGGUGGCUCAGCUGGAGAAGAUCCGAUUACAAAGCCAGAUGAACGGAUACGUUUCUGCGCUUGACUUCUCAUUCCCCAGUGAUCUCAACAUGGAAGAUUCGAAAGUAAAAGCGGCAGCUCCAUCAUCUCCCUCAUCAUCAGGAUCGCCAACGCUUGCACUGCAUCCAAACAUGACAGUGGGACAUGGAAACAAUGACAAAAGAUGCUUGAACUAUGUCGAACACUGGUCUGAUGCUUCAGCAAGAUCACAAUUGAAUGAAGCGAGUAUCUAUCCAUACCAUUACCAUGCACAUCCUGUGGCACUGCCGCUCUUCCAACAAUCCAUCGAGGAUGCAUUCACUGCACAGGACUCAGCACAGAAGAGGAGACGGCAUGAUCGAAGCCUCUCUUUGGGUUCAAUCGGCCAAAUUUCUGACCCAAACCAGACACAAGAACUAGAUUUGGAGCUUAAACUAUCACUCUAAAUUCUUGCAAUACGGACCUCCUUAAGGAUAUUUUUGUGAAGUUGCCGUAGUUUCGGAGGUUAUUAAGAACAUUUAUGUAUAUUCUGCAGGAAAGAAACUGCAAUGAACUCCAGAAAAUGCACAAGCAGAUGCUAAUUCCAUGUAGUAGUAGUAGUAGUCUUACAUGAUAGUGCAUGAGAAAGUCUUAUUCUGACUUCAUAUAAAGGGCGAUAAUCUGAAGCACAGAUCUGAUGUAAUGGUACUGGAUGAAUCUUUCUGCUGGAAUAGGAGAAGCUUUCUCUGUGCGUCUUUGUUUGGCAGCAGAUGCUUUUGGUUGCAUAAUGAAGAGAGGCCAGCCAGAGAGGAGAGGAUUCAACUCAGGGGCGAAGUAUCUCAGGAUAC